AUGGCAAACGACGCCGACGCACCAGGCCUCUCUGCGCUCGCGACGCACAUCCAGACGGCAUUGCCGCGGCGGCCGCCGCCCGCACCGCAGACGACCGCGCACACCGCGCUGGCGCUGCAGAUCCAGCACAACCUGCAGCACCAGCACCAAUGGACCGCCCUGACGCUGCACACGCACUCGCCGCUGCCGCCGCACGCCGCGCUGCCGCGCCCGCUGCUCUCGGGCCUGCCGCCCCGCCGCCUCUACAUCCACCCGGACGAGCAGAUCGAGCUGCUGAAGGAGGAUGCGCGCCGCAAGAAGAAGGGCGAGUCGGCCGAGGAGCCCGCCCCCGAGCGCGAGUGGGUGCUGCCGAGCCACCUGCGCGAGAAGUGGAGCUUGAGGCGCUUGGGCGAGGUGUUCGAUGCCGUUGGAGAGGUCCCGCCGCUGGCUGAUGGUGCUGAGGACGCUGGGCGGCCGAAUAAGUGGAGGACGACAAAGAGGGUUAUGUUGGGCAUUUUGGAGGAUGAUAGCACGGUAGUCUACUACCUCGUCCACGAUGGCCCGGUCAAGCCAAGGCAGAAUUGA